AUGGUAGCUACUGAGCAAGAGAACAAUGACCUUAGGGAAGAGGUUAGUAGCCUCAAGGAAAGUAUGGAGAAGAUAACUGCAAUGAUGAUGGACAUGAUGGCCGCACAGGCACAAGCCUCUCAAGCAAAAGUUGUUCAGACUGUUCGGGCAGAUGUUGAAGUCUCUCAGCCUACUGGUUCUCCGAUGACCCAGCCAAUUUCUACUGCAACUAUUGGUACUACACAGCCUUUGGUGAAUCAGUUUUCCUCUGGUGAUAUUACAAACAUGUAUAAUUCAGGGUUUCGUCCUGUUGGCUCUCUUGGUUUUUCUAUCCCUCCUCAGUAUCAUAUGCCGCCAGGCUAUCCGUGGGGCAUGCCACUCGCAAAUAAUGAAGGUGUUCGUCAUAAUGCACCAGAAAUGCAGUUCCCUUUUGGUCAGCAACAAACACCGUUUUAUCAGUCCGGCCAACCUUUUCCUCAGGCCACUAUGACCUGUGCUGGACCCCUCGUUCAUGCUGCUCAUCAAGAAGAAGAUCAAGUUUAUCACUCCAACAGUGUGGCUGGUGAUGAUAGGGUGGCAAACUUGGAAGAAAAGUUUGAGGCGGUGCAUAAAGAGUUAAAGACUAUCCGCGGUAAAGAAAUGUUCAGUCAGAAUGUGAAUGACCUUUACUUGGUUCCAGACGUGGUGAUACCUCAUAAGUUUAAAAUGCCGAUCUUUGAAAAGUACACAGGGGAUACUUGCCCUGAGAUGCACUUAGUCACAUAUGUCAGGAAGAUGAUAGCUCACAAGAAUAAUGAGCCUCUGCUUAUUCAUUGUUUCCAGGACAGUUUGAAUGGUCCCGCACAUACGUGGUACAUGAAUUUGAAGGGCAUCACUACAUUUGAGGAGUUGGCCAAUGCUUUCAUCCAACAAUACAAAUAUAAUUCUUAUCUGGCACCUAACCGGAAAGAACUGCAAUCUAUGACUCAAGGUGAUAAGGAAUCUUUCAAGGAAUAUGCUCAGCGCUUCGUUCAGAAAUCUGCUCAAAUCCGUCCGCCUCUGGAUGAAAGGGAAGUGUCCGAUCUAUUCUAUGAGACUCUGAGCCCUUUCUACUCAGAGAAGAUGCUUGGUUGUGCUUCACAAAAGUUUACCGAUAUGGUAGAUAUGGGUGUGCGCAUUGAAGAUUGGGUCCGUAAGGGACGUGUGAGUAAGGAUGGUGUUUCUUCAGGUGGUUCAUCUAAUGGUAAUAGGAAGUUCGGAAAUGGGUACUCAAAGAAGAACGCUCAAGAGGUUGGCAUGGUGGCCCAUGGCGGAUCCCAGCCUGUAUACCCCAGCUACCCCUAUGUUGCUAACAUUCCACCACCUAUCCCAGCUCCACAAAACCCAAACUAUCAACCACAAAGGCCUCAAAUACCCCAUCCAUAUUAUCCACCACUAUAUCAACCACAAUCUUAUCAACCACAACCUUAUCAGCCACAAUCGUUUUAUUAG